GUGGCAGAAAUCGAUCAAAUCUCGACGAAAUAAACGUGCAAAUCUCGCCUGCUGGCCUCGCCGUUUUCUCAUCGAUUGCUGCAUAGAAACUUUCGAAACUUCUACGGCGCGUUGACAUUCUCUUGGAAGGAAUUUUGCUGUCUGAAAAUGUGUUAGAAAAACGGUGCCGAACCCGAAAAAUUUCCUGCAGAUUUACGAUAUUAGUGCUGAAUUGAUUGUGCGGAGCAGUUUGAUAUUGGUUUCAAAUACGAAUUUGACCAUAAUCGGCGUAAAAAGUGGAUGCGUGAAAAAUUAUCCCGAGGAAGUUUUCGGCAUAAGGAGGCUUGCGAAGAAGACACCCGUCAAGAGUGGAAAGAAGAAGCUUUUCGUCGAGUUUACAGAAUCCGGAAAAAUACCGUUCUUCGAGGGUUGACAAACGAGGCAAAUCGCAUCCAAAGUUCUGUUUUAUGUGAGUUCUGAAUUAAAAGUGGUAAUCAUCAAUGGAUCCGCCAAGCGCCGAAGCAGUUCUACAGAGCAUCUUCACACUGUACAACAACCCGAACAAGCAGGAGAAAGAGACAGCCUCCAAGUGGUUGGAAGAAUUUCAGAAAUCGAUCCAUUCCUGGGAAAUAGCAGACCAGCUUUUACAAAGGAAACAUGACCUCAAUUCGUGCACGUUCGCAGCUCAAACGAUGCGAAACAAAAUUCAGAACAGCUUUCAUGAACUACCAGAGUCUGCCCAUGAUUCCCUCCGGCAAAGUUUGCUGGAGCACAUAAGUCACAUAACGCUGGAGACGAAACCGGUGAUUGUCACUCAGCUGUCGCUGGCCCUGGCGGAUCUUGCCCUGUUGAUGUCGUCAUGGCGCAAACCGGUGGUUACUUUAUUGGAGCGAUUCUCUGGCAAUCCCAACAUGAUGUACGCGGUUAUCGAACUGCUCACAUUGAUACCGGAGGAAAUCAACUCAAGAUACCUUCGGCUCGGUGCCAACCGGAGGAAGGACGUUCUUACCGAGUUGGAAACCGAUUCCAGUCUAGUCGGUGAUUAUCUGCUAAUGUGUUUGAUGAAUUGCAACGACAACGAGUUGCUUCAAAUGAAAAUUUUGAAGUGUUUCACCUCUUGGGUGAAUAUAAAUGCCUUCAAUCUGUCACAGAUUGGUGACAACAUGAUCAUAGCGUAUUCUUUUCAACUUUUGACCAACUUGAACACCAAACCUGAGAUUCAUGACGCUGCUACUGACUGUUUGUGUGGUUUGUUGCAAUGUUUGGAAAUGAACAACAACGGAGAUGGCCUGGACGUGAAACUCUUCAAUGGAAUACUUAGUUUGGAGGAAGCGUACAAUGCUUCCGUUGCGCAAGAAGACUUGGACAAGUCGAUGAAUCUUUGUCGUCUCUUUACCGUAUUGGUGGAAAGUAAUCUCGCCAGAAUGGUGGCCGGAUCAGAGGCAGCUACGCCUCACUACUCCAUCAAGGCUUUGGAGCUGGUGCUAAUAUGCGUUGGACAUUACGACUUCGAAGUAGCCGAAAUUACCUUCAACAUGUGGUAUCGGCUGAGCGAAGAUCUGUACCAACGCAACAAUGAAGCUCUGACGGCACAUUUCAAACCGUACGUGGAGCGGCUUAUUGCCGCUCUCUAUAAGCAUUGCCAAAUGGAAGCCGACCAUGAGGGACUCAUCGAGGAAGGCGACUCGUUCAAGGAUUUCCGUUUCAAAGUUUCUGAGAUUAUCAAGGACGUGAUAUUCAUCGUCAGCUCGAUAAGCUGCUUCAAGCAAAUGUUCCUGAUCCUGCAGAGUCCGAAUGUGACGUGGGAAUCCAGUGAAGCGGCGCUGUUCAUUAUGGAGAACGUGGCACGGAACAUCCUACCAGAGAUAAUGCAAUUGGGAGAACGCGACAUACCGGCGUCCAGAUUCAAUCAGCUUUGCGCGGAAAGUGAGGUCGUUCCGAAGGUAGUGGAGGCGAUACUGAACUUGCCCUCCAAUUGUCACAUAGCGAUCCGGUACACGUCGAUCAACAUCUUGGGCGAGCUGUGCGAUUGGAUUGAUUCGAACCCGGAAACGUUGGAGCCAAUUUUGAACUUUUUGCUCUGUGCAUUGCAGCAAAAGAACGGUCUGGCUACCGCUGCAGCAAAUGCGCUGCAAUCGAUAUGUUCUGCGUGUAAGAAGCACAUGUUAGGUCACAUAAGUGGCCUGAUGGAAAUUGCACGCUGUCUGGACGGGUUCGAAAUUCAAACGGAAUCGGCAAUUGGUUUGCUCAAAGGGAUUUCGAUCAUCAUUGGACGGUUACCGCCAGAGCAGCUGACGACAGCUAUGCAAGAGCUCUGUGGAUUUCAAGUACGUGCUCUCAGUCAACUUACCAGCGGCGAAGACGAUGGACUAGGGUUGAAGAAGGAUCGCCAUGAUCCCGUUUUUUGGGUUGAUCGUUUGGCGUCCAUUUAUAGGCAUGUGAAUCCAACGGUCAGUGAGAAUGAGGUGAACCCCUGCGUCUUCGUGAUCAUUAGCAAUUGGGCUGUACUGUCCCGAGCGAUGGAAUGUUACAAAAACGAUCCAAAAAUAAUGGAAAGAAUAGUUCGAUGCAUUCGAUAUGCAAUACGUUGUGUUGGCAAACAGGCGAUGCCAAUACUGGAAUCGUUAGUUAAGCAAAUAAUAACCAUCUACUCAGGGCAUAAUCAUAGCUGUCUGCUGUAUUUGGGCAGUAUUUUGGUGGAUGAGUUUGCCUGCGAACCGAGCUGCAUUGAAGGCUUGCUGAGUAUGUUGCAAGCCUUCAUCGAACCAACCUUUCAAGUACUACAGGUAGAAAACGGUUUGAAAAAUCAUCCGGACAUGGUGGACGAUUUCUUCCGACUAGUAGCGCGUUUCAUCCAACGAUCACCGUUCCAGCUCCUUCAAAGCCCACUUGUAACGCCCAUAAUCCAAUGUGGACUGCUAGCCUGUACUUUGGAUCAUCGAGAUGCGAAUCUCUCGGUAAUGCGGUUUUUCUGCAGUCUUCUGAGCUACGGUCGCCACGACCGAGCAAACGAGCUUCGUUCAAUCGUGCACGGCAUUCUAAUGCAGCACGGCGAAUCACUGAUAAUGAACCUGCUGUACGCAUCCGUUUUCUGCCUGCACUCAUACAUGCUUUCCGACGUGGCAGACGUGUUUGUUGAAAUCAAACAUCUGAGUCCCCAUCAAUUGGAGGGGUAUGUGCAGAAAGCGGUCGACGCCCUACCAAAAAAGAAUAGCGGCGGAAGCAUCACGGUAACCAACGAACAGAUGAUCGAAUUUGUGGACAACAUUGUCAAGUCGGAAACGCCCCGGGCUGUCACUCAAGCGUUGCAAGAAUUCGCUCGGUUAUUCCGAUAAACCGCAAGAAACCACGAGCCAUCCUGUAGUGUGUUGAAAAUGUAAAGAGAUGCGAGAGGUGCGAGUGAGAAUCGUGCGAAUGCGAAUUUGAUGUUGAACGUUAUUCAAUUGUGUUGUACAUAAAUCUUAGUACUAACUAAUACACGUGUAGUCGUAUUUCUUCCUAAAGUAGGAAACUUAUUCUAAGAAGAAGAUAAAACAGUGUACAUGGAUCAUGGUCAGCAUGAAAAAGUUGAAUACACUAAGAAUAACACGUGAAAAACGAUUCAAGGUGAUCGUUAUGUAGAACUAGUUUAAAUUGAAGAAAAAAAAAUAUUGAAAAUGAUUGACUAAGAUUGUAGUAAGCAUCAUUUAAUAAAAUUAAUUAACAAGUAUGACAA